AUGACCUCUAAGGUUACACUUAAUCUGAAGGCAUUUUGCAAAGUAUUUACGAUAGUUAUUGGUCGAAAUAUGCCAGACCGAACAACUAUGGUUAAGGUUUCAGUUCCUCUUCUAGCAGCGCAAUCAUUCUAUUUCAAGACUGCAUCUUCGCAGCCAUGGAUUGGUGGAGAAAGCACCAUAGAAUUUCCAGACGUGUCAUGUUCAACAUUCGAAAUUUUCAUGGUGUGGCUGAACACAGGUCAUAUCAAAAAUGCGGGCACCCUUCGUCACAAUGUUGGCCCAGACCACUGGCCACGAAAACCACUGACAGAACAGCUCUCCGAAGAUUGGGAUCAACUCAUUAGUUGUUAUCUGAUGGCCGACUACAUACAGGCGCCAAGAUACACGAACCAUAUAAUGAAUGCUCUUAUUGAAACAUUGAAAAAGUUCGAAUGGGUUCCGGUGGAUGACGAUUUCCCUCUUGAACCCUUGUGUAAUUCGUGUAUCAAAACCGUCAAUAUCGUCUGGACCGAGACUGUUGCUACGUCACCUCUCAGGAAUCUAAUUUUAGACACUCUCGGUUUAACAAAUCACGCUCCUCAAAAUAUGACGGAGACACUGUUUCUUGCUUCCCCAGCACCAGAGACAUUAGGCGACAGUCUGACGGUGCCAGAAGAUUUUCUCAAAUCGUUACAGCUUCAUACUCAAGUUCAAUCCCCGUGGGGGGCGCCUAAGAGUGCCUACCACAUUGAGGAAAAGCUUCCGCGGCCAAAUUAA